AUGUUUAUAAAGCCAGAAGCGCAGCUAGAGCCCAAGUCAAACCAUAUAGAGCUGCUGGGUCCAGAUCCUGCCAGGUGCAGAGGCAUACAAAAGGCAAAACGAAGCCGCUGGCAGCGGAUUAUGGGCCUGCUUUAUGUGUACACAAUUAUGUCUCUUAUGGUAGUCAAGGUCGCAUCAACAGCAGCCUUAUAUCAACAGCAGCAGCAGCAGCAGCAGCCGCAGCAGUUACUUAACCACAUUGAGCCAACGGAGGCGGAGACAACGCCCAGCACGGAAAGUGACAACCACGGCGACAGCCCGGCUCAGACAGCGGAACGCCUAAACAUUGAGAAGAUGCGUGCCAAGUUACAGCAAUUUCAGCACGAGCAGCAGCAACAAUAUCGUCUGCAGCAACAACAAAUGCACAUGCAUCUGCAGCAGAUUGAAGCGGAGACUGGCGCGGCUGGCGAAACUGCCUACUUAUUGGAGCGUGCCGACGACGUUGCGCCCAUUUACGGAACAUGGCGCACGAAAGCGAGACGACCCCAGCCGCCAGGCAACAUGCUGCAGCACGCAACAACUAUGCAGCUAAACGCGCCCGGCGAUGGCGACGCCAAUGCCAACGCCGUCGACGAUAAUCAUCUGUAUGAGCGCCUGCCCAAGCGAUCCGUCACAAUGACGCCGCUGCGUGAUGUGCUGCGCGAUCAGCUGCCCCGGCCGCCGCGCCUGUCCACACAGCGGCCACCCUCGUCGGGACUGCUGCGGCGCCAGUACUCGGAGACGCCGGGCACAUUGGCGAUGCGCGAUGAAUUCAAGCCGAAACCGUUUCACUUUCCCUUCGACGGGCCAUUGCCGGAGCAAUUCAAGAAGGGCGAGGCGGAGCGACAGCAUGGCACACUGAACAACAUUCAGGACAUCUUGCACAAUCUGCACAUCAAUAGUAUGCUGCCCAGCAAGAUGCCGCAAAUGAUGACGGCGCCUUCGCUGGUGAUGAUGCCCACGGGUCUGCACAUUGCCGGCAGCUAUAAGAAUCUCAAGUCCAGCGGCAUUGCCAAUUUCUUUCGGGGCAAGCGUAACAAGAAACAGAUGCAGUUCAGCAUACCGAUGCCCAUGUUUCCCAUGGGCAUGCCCAUGUCGUUGUACGGUGGUGCGCCGCAUCAGCGCGUAGCCAUCGAGCAGCUGUAUCCCUAUAAGCCACGCUCACCGCAGGACAUAAAUUUACUGGCGCUGCAGCAGGCGCCCAACAGCAAGCCCAGCUCCAAGAAGAAAAACAAGAAGCAGCAGCAGCAGCAGGAGCAGAGUAAUUACAACAUGCUGCUGGAGCACGGCAGUCAGCAGCACUUGGUGGUUGAUCCCUUUCUGCAGAACUUGCCACCCCUUAUCGCAGUGAAUGCAACGCGUCAGCCGCAACAUAAGCGCAUACCCUUUAAACUAAACCUGGAUAUUUAUCCGGUGCUGCCACCUUCGAGGCCGACCUCUGUGCUGCGCAAUCCCUUUCACGGCGACUAUGCACUGCCCUCGGCUGGGGCACUAACUGCCUCGAACGGGCCCAUCUAUGCGCAGCCGCAGGGUCUCUACCAGACACCCUUUAAAUUUCCUACACAGCCACCCAGCCACCUGCCCAUGAUCUUUCCCGAUCAUGGCACACGCUACAGCCAGCACCAGCAGCAGCAGCAUCAGCAUCAGCAGCAGGCGCUUUACCAGUCGCCAAAGUUUGCCACACAGCAGCAGCAAAAUUCGGGCUCUGAGGAUUGCAUCUAUGCACAGCAGGCCAAUGGGAAUGUCAACACUGGACCGGUAGACUCGCACUCCAAUCAAAUAAUGCUGCACUUGAAUGUGUUUCCCAAGCAGAAGCCCACAACACCAAUGCGCACCUCCACCAAUCCCUUCUACAAUCACAAUUUCGCUGCGGGCUUGCAGCGUAAUACUUUCAGCACCAGUGAGCGGGAGCAGCCGCUGCCUAAACCACCCAGUCCCAUUGAGCCACGCCAGGUGGCACCCGCACAGUCACAGUCACAGUCCGGCAACAGCUCUGUGGCGGCAACCACAGCUCAGCCGCAGCAGAACCAAACCCAACAACAGCAACAGCAGCAGCAGCAACAGCAGCAGCAGCCAGCGAAUCAUUCGAUUUCACGCAGCGAUAAUCUUUCGCUGAUCGAUUUUGAACAUCCUAUUGUGGCGGCUGAGGUGCCCCAGCUGCCACAUCCUGCAGCACUCACUGGCAAUCCUCCCAAUCAUGGUCGCUAUAGCGUCCAGGGCGAUCAUUUUCGCUACCACAAGAUUCCACACAUCGAUCAACUGGCCGCCGAGGCACAAACAGCUUCGCUCUUUCGCUUUCCCGUCGAGGAUCUGAUACAGUUCCAGGUGGACGAUGCACUCUAA